AUGAAAAUGGCGUGUCUGGCUGUCGGUGUGGAGAUUGGAAAACAAGCGAUUCGGGAGCAGGUUGUCGCCGUAAAGUUUGUCUCAUGGGAACCAAACGUUACUGUGGAGCAUUCUCAGGCGAUGUAUGCUGCUGUAAAAUCUUUUAUGGAGAUAGACUUUGCCUCCAACCUUCACCUAGUUUCUUGCCCUCGUUGCUCCGGUACUAGCGGUUCCUUGGUUGUGUUUCCGAUCGAGCUCCGUGACUUCGCACGUGUAUUCCCUCGUUUCCUCCUUGUCGAUGCUCUGUGCCCUUGCUGUGCAAAGACUUGUGGGUAUGCUCAAUGA